AUGGGUGGUGUGAGCAGUUGCUGCGGACCUAGACGAAAGAACAACUAUGAACCAUUAUUACUUGAGAAUGAAAGAGAGGCAGUAGCAGACCUGCUACAGUACUUGGAGAACCGUUCCACCACCAAUUUCUUUUCCGGCUCACCAUUAGCGGCUUUAACAACCUUGUCAUUCUCUGAUAAUGUGGAUCUACAAAGAUCAGCGGCAUUGGCGUUCGCAGAGAUAACCGAGAAAGAAGUUAGAGAAGUUGGUAGAGAUACUUUGGAUCCUGUUUUGUACCUUUUGACAAGUCAUGAUCAUGAGGUGCAAAGGGCUGCUAGUGCUGCCUUGGGCAAUUUGGCUGUGAACGCUGAAAACAAGUUAUUGAUCGUCUCCCUCGGUGGACUAGAACCUCUCAUCAGACAGAUGUUGUCAUCAAACGUAGAAGUUCAAUGUAAUGCCGUAGGAUGUAUAACCAAUUUGGCUACUCAUGACGAGAACAAAACCCAAAUCGCGAAAUCGGGAGCUUUGAUCCCUUUAACUAGAUUGGCUAAAUCAAAGGAUAUGAGAGUACAGAGGAACGCUACGGGUGCUUUGUUGAACAUGACUCAUUCAGACGAAAAUCGACAACAGCUUGUCGCAGCUGGAGCUAUCCCAGUAUUGGUCAGCUUGCUCAACUCGCCUGAUACCGAUGUGCAGUAUUAUUGUACUACUGCUCUGAGUAACAUCGCUGUAGACGGAACAAAUCGAAAACGAUUGGCAGCAUCUGAACCUAAAUUAGUACAAAGUCUCGUUCAGCUUAUGGAUAGCCAAAGUUUGAAGGUACAAUGUCAAGCUGCUUUGGCUCUUCGAAACCUUGCCAGUGAUGAGAAAUACCAACUAGAAAUCGUCAAAUUCGAUGGACUCAAACCCCUUCUCCGAUUACUUCACUCUUCCUAUCUCCCCUUGAUCCUGUCGGCCGCAGCGUGUGUUCGAAACGUUUCCAUCCACCCGGCCAACGAAUCGCCAAUAAUCGAUUCAGGCUUUUUGCAACCCUUGAUUGAGCUACUAUCCUUCGAUGAGAAUGAGGAAGUACAAUGCCAUGCUAUCUCAACUCUGCGAAAUUUGGCUGCUUCAAGUGAAAGGAACAAGGGCGCGAUUGUAGAAGCUGGUGCAGUAGAGAGGAUCAAGGAAUUGGUGUUGACGGUGCCAUUGGCGGUUCAAAGUGAAAUGACAGCCUGUGUUGCUGUUUUGGCUCUUAGUGACGAUCUCAAACCUCAGUUGCUCGAGAUGGGUAUCUGCGAGGUUCUCAUCCCGCUCACCAAUUCCUCCAGCGUGGAAGUUCAAGGUAACUCCGCUGCAGCACUGGGUAACCUGUCCUCGAAAGCCGCUGAGGACUAUGCACCGUUCAAUGCCGUGUGGAACAAACCGGACGGAGGAUUACAUGCGUACUUGGUUAGAUUCUUGAGUAGCGCCGAUAUAACCUUCCAACAUAUCGCUGUAUGGACUAUCGUGCAGCUCCUUGAAGCGGAAGAUGACCAAUUAACCAACAACAUCCGAUCCUCACCUAUCCUCAUGUCUUCUAUCCGACAACUCGCAGCUUCGCCACCACCUUCACGAGGAGGUCGGGGAAUCAACGAGGUCUCUCAAGGAUCAGAGGGAGAAGAGGAUUACGAAGAUGAUGGACUGGAUGGUGAAGGUGAAGGUGAAAUUGCUACUCUCGCACGAAGGAUCUUGGAUUUGACCGAAGAUGGAGCGAGGGAUAUCAACGAUGGAUCUCAUUUCUCGACUCACCAUCAAGGCGAGAACUCGACGUCGGGAGUAGCGGGUAGUUUGGGUAGUGAACAUGCUGCGUUGAGAGCUAGUGUGCAUAGGGCUUUGAGUGGAGGUCAUUAA